UAUUAGUUCUAUAGCUGUGUUGUUUGCGUUUAUCGUCACGGAAAUUUCUAUUUUUUUUUAUUCAUACCUCAAUAAAUGCUACCCACGGAGGUACCUAUAUAUAAUCUAUGUUUAUUCGUUUUUGAAAACCGUAUAAUAAUGACACUGUCACAUUAAAAAAGAGACUAUUAUGUACCGCUAUAUAUACAUCACUUCGCUACACGCCGACGACGAUCGUAACCGCGUGAUACACGUUUCGGGGAAAAAUAAAACGCAGGACGACUUAGCCGUGGGCGUCUCUCUGUGAGGGGUUGGUAGGGAGCACGAUGGAUGGCGUGUGCAUGUCUAAGAGUCGUUGGUUUCACGAUGAGGGCGCCGUCAUUUACCACACACACGCGCACACGAGACGUUUACACAAAUGUGUACGGCGAUUUUGAAUUCGGAUAUAAUAAUAAUGUAUGUGCAGGUUCAGUCGGCGUCCCGGGCGCGCACGAGUAGGAACGCUCGCGGAAAUCGCGAACACGACUGCGAAUAUGAAGACGGCUGACGCGGACCCGUAUGAGUUUUUCCGCUGGAAAUCAUCGUGCGGACGGUUGGUAGUUCGGACUACGUGGGUGAGUGGUGUCCGACACGUUUUGUUGUCUGACGACGACAAAUCACCCGAAAAAGAAAAACGACUGCAGCUCCGACGGCGGGCGGCACUUGUGGACCGCGGGACGCAGAGUUCGAGGACAGUCGAUGACCACGACGACGAAGACACUGAACGCAGUUGUAAUGAUGACGACAAUUACGUGGAGCGCGUGUUGCAGUGGUUGCAGAAGCCGUCGGUGGAGUUGGACGCGCGCCGGAAACCGAUGUCGGCGCCGGGCAGCGACAUUCGCGGUUGCAGACGCCCGGCACUUGUUAAGACCUGUUCGAUCCCGGAACGCCAUAGCCAAAGAUCCGAACAUCGACAAGCGAUAGUGAUCCACGACGAGAGGCCGACGAUGAGAUCCGGAUUAAAAGGCCGGCAUAAAACCGAAUUGCAUGUGCACAUGCCAUCCGUACUGCAGGGUAGUUGCCCAACUACCACCGCCACGGACAACGUUAAAAUCGCUCACAUCUACGAGUGUAGUAGCGAAUCUGGUUUUUCGGAGUGUAAUAUUUAAUAUUCAUCAUGGCAUGGUCGGGAGAGCAUCGUGCGUUUGUUGUUGAGGAAUUUAUUAAUAAUUCUGGCCAUAUUGUGUCCUUGCGAGGUGACAUUGGGUGGCCGCCACGUUCACCAGAUUUGAACCCAUGCGAUUUUUUUCUCUGGGGAUAUCUUAAAGCCCAAGUGUACCAACAUCGUCUACAAACUUUGGAAGCUCUGAAGGAGGUAAUAACCCAGGAAAUAGCUGCUAUUCCGCCCGAAAUGACCCGUAGUCAUAGAAAAUUAUCGUGAAAGACUCAAUCAGUGUAUCGAGAAUGAGGGCCGCCACUUAAGUGAUAUAAUUUUUUAAAAAAAAUGAAUAUAAAAUGGCAUUAUAUGUACAAUUUAUAAAUAAAUUUUUUUUUUUGAUAUUUGA